AACGGAAUGUUGAGCUCGAAUGCGUAGAUGAUGGUGAUUGAUUGAUUGAUGGUGACUGGAAGCCCGGGGGAAGAGUUUAUAUCCAGGUCAGACGUAGAUCAGGAGGAAUGAGCGACGAAUGAGUGAGGGCGAUGGACAGAGCUGACUUGCUGAUGAGUCAUGAAGGGAAACAUCAUUUAUCACACCCAUGUGUGGUUUGCUUCAAACAUGUCCGAGUCGCAACAAUGCGAGGUCAACGCUCGUGGUUUCACCUCACCAUCUGCUGACGGCCGCGACACCAUUUGCAACUAAACCCUCGAAAUUCGCAGCUUCUGGCGGUAGCUGGAACGACGAAAUAAAAAUAGACAGCCCGCAAUGGACCAGCCAAACCAACACAAUGGGCGAGAGGCAUUUCCAGUCUCGUUCUGGUCUCGAUACAGAGCUUGGAAGCUUUCACAGCAAUUACUACCAAGCGUGCGCUGAGAAACGAAGACGGAUCCCAAAGUCAGCACCUGAUCACAGACACAGUGUCUCGUCCAAGAAAACCUUACUAAAUCGGAAACUGCUACCUCGGCCGCAAAUAGACUGUCACCAGUUUAUAUCCAUAAAAAGAUCACGUUACGUUCUGCCUAUGACAUGGAGACAUUUGACGACUGAACAUGGAGAAGGUUCGCAGCUGCAGGAGGCUGUGGACAUGGUGGUUGACAUGGCUCGGCGGACUUCUAGAUCCGCAUCCGAUCGGGAAUGAAUGUCAGAGUUCAUACUGAAAAUGGCUUGCAAGUCCGCCGGCUAUCGUUAUUGCUCAAGGCCUUCCUGCAGGUGGUUGAUCAACGGACUCACAUGGCCGGUCCUGAAUGUCCGAGCUUCGCAAACAGAGCGAGUAGAUCCAACCUUUCUCAAACUAUUGUGUAGAGCACAAAUCAUUCAAAUAUUAUUCGUGGUUAAUGGCAGUGCGAGAGAUCAGGGCUCUCGUACAAGAGUGGUCUGGGUUUUGCUGUCAGAAUCCGCUGAAAUAUCACUGAUCGCAUCACGUGAUGAACUCGGACUGCGUCAAAGGAAUUCUCUUAUCUGCUCUAAUAUUGGGUCGAGACUUGAAUUAGAAUCACCUCCUAUCUGGGCCAGAAAUUCGGGGCUGACGGGUGGUUUGUUUAUUUUGAGCUAGCUUGCUCGUUGGUGUCAGAGCCAGCGAAUUAAAGCAGUUAGCAUGUUCGAUCGUUGACCAGUCCAUAGUCAGUUGUAGCGAGCAUAUAAAGAAUCUCCUGUGCAGCAGCCAAACACAAUCCAAAUUCAGUGUCAACUACUCCUCUAGCUAGAUCUCGCUCUCUAGCUAGCUUGCCAUUCAGGAGUACCAGAGUCUUUCUACUUUGAACUGCAAGCUCAAAUCUGCGAGAGGCCUCGAAUCCUACCGCUAUCUGGACGAAAGAUCAGAGUGAAUAGCAGCAGCUGCAUGCGGAGAAGGGAGUUGGCGUAGUUUAUAGAAGGGCAGUACUGUGCUGACGGACACAUAUUUGCAGCUGAUCAUGGCGACUCCGAUCUCCAGUCGACUGAAAGUAUUGGCGAUCCUCGUCGUCGUCGCCCUGGUGUGUGUGCAAGAGGUGAAUGCUCAGACUGGAAAGGGAUGGAGGCGUUUGCGUCCCAACUUCUACGCUAGAUCUUGUCCUGAUGCGGAGAAGAUAAUCAGGCAGUCGAUGGAGAACGCAUAUCAGCAGGACCCGAGCUUUCCCGGUGCCAUUCUUCGUAUGUUCUUCCACGAUUGUGUGGUCCGAGGAUGCGAUGCUUCCGUCCUCCUGGACAACGACGACUCGGAGAAGCUCGGAGCUCCGAAUGCCAACUCCCUCAGGGGAUUCGAGGCUCUGGACGAGGCCAAGGCGAAUCUGGAGAACGUUUGUCCUGGAGUCGUGUCCUGCGCUGACGUGCUGGCCUACGCUGCUCGCGACUGCAUCGAGCUGGCUUCUCCAGGCACGAAGGUGCGCAACUGGACCGGGGGUCGCAGAGAUGGUGUCGUCUCCGUCUCCGCCGAGACGCUGACUGAGCUUCCUGGACCCUUUUCCAACUUCACCUCACUGGAGCGCUCUUUCGCCAAAAAGGGCCUCAACCAGAUGGACCUCGUCGUCCUCUCAGGUGCACACAGCGUUGGUAAGGCACGAUGCGGAAUCAUCCUCAGCCGUCUGUACAACUUCAAGGGUACGGGCAAGCCCGACCCAUCGAUGAACCCGGCGUACGUCGCCAAGCUCAAGCAGCUGUGCCCCCCCAACGCACCCGGAAACAGGAUCGACAUGGAGCAGAGGAGCCCGAACCGCCUCGACGUCAACUACUACGCCGAUGUGGAGCAGGGCCGAGGCCUGUUCGAGUCCGACAACGCUCUGAGGACCACCCCCGCCGGACGCUGGCUCGUCAGGGUCAACAAGAACAAGCGCGUCUUCGACACGGCUUUCGUUCUCGCCAUGAAGAAGGUCGGAAACAUCGACGUGCUGGUCGGCAACCAGGGCCAGAUCCGCACCGUCUGCAAUGCGGUGAACGUCUAAAAUGUAGAUUCUGUAUGUAUUUUUAUCAUCGACUGGAAGCGCUGGAGAGUCGGAUGUCUGAGGCUUGCAGUUGUGAUUGCAAGAGCCAGCCGCGCUCGUUCGGAGAUCUGAAAUCACGAUCGAUCGAUCCAUGGAUGAUCACCCGAUCGACUGACUGGCUGACUCCCCUGCUGGAGACCAGAUCGCCUGUAUAUGCUCAACUAGAGUUGUGAGCACAAAAUAAGAUUAGGGUAGACAUUUAUUAUUAUUGCUGGCACAGCCGUCGGCCUUUGUUUCAUGAAUUCUGAUUUUUAAUAACGAUCAAACCUCUACUCUAUGGU